UAAAUUUUGUUUUGACAGCCGCAAGGAUGCAAAUCGUUUUCCUAUUUUGAAUUUAUGAAACGGUAAAUUUGAUUCCGUUUUUAGCUGAAAAAUGAGAAAAUCAGCAGCUCCAUCGUUCCGUAAGAUCGACCAUCCAAAGGCAAAUGUAUCGGGACCACAUAAUCGAUCCGUCCAUUCAACGUCAACUAAAUGCAACGAAAACAUCGCACCGAUUCCGCCUGAAAACGUAACAAAUUCCAACGAUCCACCGUCAGAAUCGAAAUUGGUCUACAACGUUGUUUGGGGUAAGCGGACCACCAAAAAGCAUAAAACGUUUGAAGAUGACGGAACGCUGACCAUUUCAAAUAAAACGGCAACUCUCCGCGGCAGUGACGGAAACCAUUUGGGAUCGAGUACGAUCAAACCUGAAGAAAUUGAGAUCGGUUCUCGGCUGACAGUCGGAUCCAAUGAUAUCGAAAUCAUUGAGCAAGCCACCGGAGUUAAAUUACCCAAACGGAAAGCCGACGAUGACGAAGUGCAGAAUUCAGAAACGAAAAAGAAAUCCAAAUCGAAUCCAUCCAGCUUUCAGCCGUACAUGGUGCUGUCGCAUUCGGCUGCGAAAAAACCGUCAGCCCGCAUCAAUUUCGGAUUGGAAAGGCAGAUGGACUAUGAACCGUUGAUAAUGCCCGAACCGACACAGGAACAUCAAUUGAAAUUCAAUGCGGCCAAUCGAAGCGUUAAGGAGGUGUCGGUUAUUCCUUGCUGUGCGAGACAGUUACGACCUCAUCAACGCGAAGGCGUUCAGUUUCUCUACGAAUGUUUGAUGGGAUUCCGACACAUCGAUCAUGUUGGAUGUAUUUUGGCCGAUGAGAUGGGCUUGGGAAAGACGUUGCAAUGCAUUAGUGUCUGUUAUACGUUGUUGAGACAAGGACCGUAUGGACUGAGUGUCGCUAAUCGAAUUUUGAUUCUUGCGCCCAGUUCUUUGGUAGAGAAUUGGGACAAAGAAAUCAAAAAAUGGCUGGGUCAAUUGCGGGCCUACACUUUUCAGAUCGACUCGAAGCAUAAAAUUCACGAUUUUGCCAAUGCCAAGCACAUUCCGUUCCUCCUCAUAUCCUACGAAAUGUUUACUAAGCAUUUCGACGAGCUGAAAACCGUUCAUUUCGACAUCAUGAUCUGUGAUGAGGGACAUCGCUUGAAGAAUCAGGCAGUUAAGGUUUCGACCAUGCUUAAUCAAAUCGACUGCGCGAGAAGAGUGAUUUUGACCGGUACGCCCAUUCAGAACGAUCUUCACGAAUUUUUCUCGUUGGUCUCGUUUGUCAAUCCGAAUAUUCUUGGCACGUACGACGAAUAUAAGAGAUUCUACGAACUUCCCAUAUUGGCCUCACAGCAACCGCAUGCUUCUGAAUGGGUUGUUGAGCUGGGCGAAGAAAGAGCUAAACAAUUAAACGAACUGACGUCCAGUUUUAUUCUUCGCCGUACGCAGGAUGUCAACCAAAAAUAUCUGCCCAAGAAGCAGGAGUUCGUUGUCUUCUGCAAACAGUCCGCAUUACAAAGAGACAUGAUUGAAGCGUCCUUGGAGUUGUACAACAAUAAUGACGAUCCGGCAAAUGGAUUGCAGAUCAUAAUGAAUUUGAAGAAAAUCUGCAAUCAUCCAGCGCUAAUUAACGCUGGAAAUCAGACUGACACUGUGACCGAACAAAUUCGCAAUUUAGUUCCAUCAUGGGACGGCAUGGGACCAUUCGAUUCUGGUAAACUGUGCGUUUUGCAUGAUUUGCUACACGAAAUGCGCAAGCGACAAGAGAAACUCGUCCUAAUUUCAUAUCACACGAAAACAUUGGACAUUCUACAAGGAUGGUUAGAUCAUCUAGACUUCACGCACUGUCGUCUGGAUGGCACAACACCCAGCAAUGCUAGAAGUGCCAUUGUCGAAGAUUUCAACAAUCCAGCCAAAGAUUUAUUCGUUUUUCUACUCAGUGCGAAAGCCGGUGGUGUCGGGCUAAAUUUAAUCGGGGCCUCACGACUGGUUCUGUUCGACAAUGAUUGGAAUCCGGCCUCCGAUUUACAGGCCAUGUCACGAAUAUGGAGAGAUGGUCAGAAGAAGGAAGUGUUCAUUUAUCGGCUAAUUUUGGCCGGCAGCAUUGAAGAGAAAAUAUUUCAGCGACAACUGUCGAAAGUGGCACUGACUGGAUGCGUUGUGGAUCAAAGUUCCAAGAAAGAAAAGCUGAAGUUGUCUAACGAAGAGUUGAAGGAUCUGUUUUCAAUUCAAAUUGCUGUUGAUGAGUGCGCCACACAUGAACUACUCGACUGUCAGUGCAAUGGGGAUGGGCUGAAUGUAGAACAGUACAAAGAAAUGGACCUUCCCGCCACCUCCGAUCCGACAAAAUCACUACAAAUGCACGAACUAUCGUCAUGGCAGCACUACAAAUAUCCAAUUGAUUCCGGCUUAUUAGCAGAAAUGUGUAUGCCAAAUGUGUCCGAGGAAAUUGCCUUCAUUUUCCGCAAUCAAAACGAUACGUGAAGUGAGAGAAAUUUCUUUUUAUUUAUAAUCUGAAUGCCAUAGCCACCAGUCCACGACUAUUCAUCAUUUUCCAAGUAAAUGUUACUACCGAAUCUGUGAUACAAUUGGGCUUUCAGUUCAGCCAUUAAACUUUGAAUUUCAC